CUCCAACCCCCCCCCCCCACAUCUCUGCUUCCGCAGAGGGGCGAGGGACAGGCCGGGCUCGGGGUGCUCUCCCGGCAGGACCAAUCCAGGGGCGGGGUCAGCAGCGCGUGGCUGGAGUGAGGGGGAGUGAAGUCCGAGGCGAAAGGCGGGGAGGAAGCAGUCCGAGCCGCUUCAAACUGCCGUUACCCUGCCAACGGUGGCGUGAGCCCGGCACACGUUCUCGGCGCUCCGUUACCAUGGACACGCACCCCCUUCUCCAGCCUCGCUUCGGUUUCCCGCCCCCGCCUCCGCGAUUCCCGGGGCCCUGCGGCUCCGGUUUCCAUGGCAACACAGGAGCCCAAGUCUGGGGCUUUAUUCCCCUUCCUGGUCAUGCCAGGACAGUGUGUCUCCCUCCCCCGAGUUCUCUCCAUGGAGCCAGCUCCUGUCUGAGUUCUCCGGGGCACUUGUGGGCCGGGGCAGAGUUCCUUGCUCCCUCGCAGAAACAAGAAGCCUCGUCCAUUCGGUCCCACAGAGCCGAGUCCGCUGUCGUUUCCCUUCUGUUGCCCGGGCCUCUGUCUGGUGAAACCAGGGGACCCACGGGGCCAGCCCCUCCUGGCACCCAUUCCCACCGCCUCCCUCUUGGAAGCAUGGUGUCCUCAUGCCCCACCUCCAGCUCCCUCUCUAGCUCCUCACUGACUUGAGAACAUGGGGGUAAACCGAGACUGAGCUCGAGAAGAGGAUCUCUCAGACCACAGAGAAGAUGAACUCCAGAUCUGAGCAGAAACCAAGAGCUUUACACCCAUUGGGAUCCCUAAACUGAACUCACAAGUCCAGAAGUCUUGCCUCCCCUGGAACCCGCAAGUCAGACACAAAGGCCCGUUAGUUCUUCCCCCUCCUGGGGGCUCCAGAAACAGAACCCAGGAGUUCUGCCUCCAAGCCCUGGUGCCUGGCAACAGCUCUGUGACCUCAGGCCCCAGGCCUAGAACAGAGGCUUGCAGGCCCAGCUCCCCUGCCCUCCGGGGGCUGUCCUCACUGACCAUGGCAGCCGGCACUUCCCAGCCCUUGUCCCUCUUUGAGGCUGAUUCCACCUGGGCCCUCAUCAAAGACAAGGUUAUCGAGGAGCGCUUUGGACCCAGUGUGGUGGCUGUUCCCUUCCUGGCAGACGCCGCGUGCUAUGACCUUCUGGGAGUGCUGGUGAAGCAAAAGUCAAAGCCACCCCCGUGGCUCAUCCGGGCCCGCCUCGGCCUACCCUUGCCGCUCGGGCUGGGGCUGCCCCGCCGGAGCCGGAGAGCUCUAUUACCUGUGGGACCGCUGCCAAAGUUGCUGGAGCGUUCAGGGCCCGAAGGUGCCUUUGCCCACUGUACGAGGGAGUACUCCCCCAAGGGCAGGGCUGAGGUAGGCUAUGAGGAAACGAGACUGGUAGAUGGGCAGCCCUGUCGCAUCAGCCUGCAGCUGGGGGGCUUGCGCAAACGUGUGGCCUUUCUGCUACUCCCACCAGGUCAAGUGAGCCUCCAGCCAGCUCUGCCCUGGCUCCGUGGCACCCACAGCAUUUAUGUCAUCUACCAGGUCUUCUCCUGCUCCUGGCUGCAACUGGUCCUUGCACCCACAGCCUGUGAGCCCCGCCAGCUGCGCCUUCAGUACCCCUUGCCAGUGGCCUUUUCUUGCCUCAAGUUUGCACUUCAGCCCAAGGGCAUGCUAGGUCCACAGAGGCCACUGACUGGGGACAAACUGCCUCGGGAAGCCAGCUGGGUCCGACCGGGUCCUGAGUCCACAGUGAACUCAGUACUGACCCCAUCCCUGUCCUCAACCCUAUCCAAUACCCUUCUUGAUACUGAUGCCCCACCCUCCCAACAGCCACCCACACCACCCAGCCAGGGUCCCCCAGAAGGACGGACGACCAGGUUCUCCUAUAAGGGUCGCAACCCCUUCCGAAGGGGGCCAAACACGCUGUCGGGUACCGGGAAAAAAAAAGAGAACUGGCUCUUCAGCCCUCGAAACCCCUCAUCAGGGAACCAGGGCGGGGGCCCAGGGGACCCGGACCGGCACUCCAUGUCCCUGCCUCUGCUGCAGGGCCUAUCAGCGGAAUUCGACAGUGAUGACUAAGGGGAAGGGGGAGGCAGGAGGAGAGGGGCUCAACCCAAGGGCUUGGUGCAAGGAGCCUAGUCCCCAAUAAAUAUUAGCUGCAACUCCCCAAAACCAUCCCAGACCAACACUGCCUCUUCCUUCUGGGUGCUGAGUGGGUGGGCCAAAGCCCCAGGAUGCUCAAGGUCUACU